AUGCCUGCCAAGAAGAAGUCUUCCAAGGCAAACUCCUCAAAGGAGGUGCUGCCAGAGCCCGCGACGAUCAAGAGCGGGGCGAGCACCGUAUUCAUUGGCGGCUGGUCCUCGUACGACACGAUUGAGUCUGUGGGCCAGGCGAGUAGGUCUGUGAUCGCAGCUAACACGGACGCUGACGGCGUCGUUGCAGCGCCGCUGCCACGCACUAAUGUUCUUGUCCUCCCGACGGAGGAAGCUGACGACGACGCAGACAGCGGAGCGGCACAGGCUCCAUUGGUCGUGGAGGUAGCGGAUCAAUUCUUCGUCGAGGGUGUGUCUCGCCGUCAGUGUGCGCAGGCCCAGUCGCUGGUGAAGACCUGGGAGCCAGCACCCGCACAGCCGACAGAGGCUACGGCACCUAGCGAGCGACCCGUGGCCCCUGCACCGAAGGAGGAGUUGGUCAACCCGUACGCAGAUGCCUUGAGUGACCAACGGUACACGAAAGAGGUUUCAGUGGGAGCCAGCUAUGCCGCACGCGACGUUGUGAUUCGCGGCCCCUGCUCCAUCGAGGGUGUCGCCCCCAUCAUCGUCGUACCGCCGCAGCUUCCGGCAAAGCCGGACCUGGACGCAGUGACGCUGGACCCUCCCGCCGACAACGCCGCAGCCGCGGCAGGGGCGUCCACCAAGAAAAAAAUGGUCAAGAGCAAAAAGAAGUCAAAACCGAAGCUGACACCAGAGCAGGUGGAGGAGCUGGCGAGGAAGAAGGCGGAAUUGGAGGCGCAAUACAUGCAACAAACGGAGGAGGCGGUGCAGCGCGCGAAGCAGGAGUCCGACUACCUCAUGACGUUUGCCCAUCCCGACCGCUGGGCAAACGUGGUUGUCCGCCACAUGACGUUUGCCGGUCCUGUACAAGUACACCGCGCCCACGUCUCUUUCCAAAACUGCCGCUUCGUCGGCAUCACUAAAACCACCAUGUCGGAUCGGCCGCUGCUCCUCGUGAGCCAGUACUGCCGCGUGCAGUGCACCAAGUGCAGCUUCGAGGCACCGCAGCGCUGCGGCAUCUACGCGCUCCCGAGCGCGCAGGUGGAGGUGCGGAAGUGUCUCUUUACCGGCGUGACGCAGGAUAUCCUGUGGGCUGCGGCGCUGCCGGGUGUGUCGCCGCAGAACGCCGGCGCCGCCGCUUCCUUAGACGUGGACGGCGGUGACGAGGACAGCGCUGGCCAUGGCCGACCUCUCUCGCCGACAGACGCGGCUGACAACCACACCGCCAACCACAAGACUGCCGGCGUGCUUUCGUUUCCCGUCGCCCUUGGUGGCGAGCUCCAGGAAGCCGCGCGCGCGGCCCUCGCCGACCGUAGCGCAGCAGUCGGAAUCCUGUCAGACUGCGCCAAGCUGAUGGUUCACGGUUGCGACUUUCUGUGCCUCGGGGUCGGCGUGUACGUCAAGGGCAGCUAUACCGUCUACGUUUCUCACGACAAGGCAGCCCCGAAGACGCCCCAGCAGCUGACACCAGAGGCGUGCGACACAUCUUUGGACAGCAAUUCGUUUCACCACUUCGCAAACGCGGCGCUUCUGCUGGAUAGGUCGUCGCGGCUCGUGUCGAUUCGCCGUAGUUACGUCGAGGGGUCCGCCCACUAUGGACUGGAUUGCCAGGGCGGCGCGAGCUCAGUGCUCGUGCGACAAAACUACUUCGCGGCCGAUGCGACGGUGCGCAUUCGCGAAGGUGCCAAGGUGGCGAUGCUGCACAACGACUUCCAGAGCAUCCCACUAAAUGACAAUUCCUACGACAACCCGUGCCUGCAGCCCGUGUACUAG